GAGAGUAGGGGAGAGAGAAAGAGAAGCAGUGAGGGUGGAUAGCGCGCACAGUGGUGAUAACACUAUCUAUCUAUCUAUCCAAAUGACGAGCGUCGCUUUCACGCUCUCCACUCAUCAAGCGCGUCCGUGAAGUGGUGUUUCAUUCCUCACUUUACUUGGUUAUUUUCGCGUCACUAAUUUAUCCGAGCUGUAAAAAGAUUGCGAGAACUAUCGAAGAGCUUCUUCAGACAAUGUAGGACAUGGUUUUGUGCCACGGAAAUCUCAAUGUUUUAUCUUGCGUUUUAGUCUGCGCUCGGUCUCAUAACAAUGUAGUGAAAGUGCGCGGUGACCGCGAGCGCAGCGCACGGGCGAUGUUGACGCUGUCACCUUGCCGCCUGGUUCCCAUUGCUUCUUGACUUUUUUCCCCCUUCCAGUGGAGUAUAAUCAAGACGAACUUGUGAAUGUAAAAGAAGGCGGCAGUUGAGAAGCGACUGAGCCGUCCAGCUGCCCACGCUGCCGCUGGGUCGCUCUGCACAUCCGUGCGCACUUCUGAGGAGAAAAACGGCGAGCAACUAAAAAGGGGACAAGACGCGUCCUUGUUUUUCGUGAAUAAUUCGCCCAGUCCUCGCUCUGGAGAGACGUGGAGCUAUUUCAAGCUUUCGGUUUCUCGGGAUAUAUAACAUUAGAAUGCUAGCAUCCAUAACAUUUGGAGUAAGGUGUCUAACUUAAGGUGACCAUAACGCUCGAGCGUCGACGUUUGUUGGAACGCAUAAAUGGACGAAUACCAGGAGGACUGAUUCGGAAUUGUUGUCUGGAAAAAUGUGGCUGAAACGGUGUUUCACACGCAGUUCCAUGGUUGCUUGGAGACCAGGAAGAAUGCUGGGAUGUAGAAUGUGGAUCCUCUUCAUCCUUGUCCAUCUCACAGUGGAUCUGUCUCUGUGUACACCAGCAGGCAAAGGGCUCACCCUCAAACUACUGCCCAGAUCAGUGCCCCGCCGGCAGCUGCACCCUCUGCCCACUCGGGACAUGCUCACCGGCCAGCACUUGAGGACUCUGGGUGUCUUGCCAUCACUAGGCAAUCACGGGGAGCUGUGGGGCACCAAAUUGUGGGGGCGGAAAAACCAUAGGUCACUCCAAAAACAAAAACUUUGCGCAGAGUGCCCCUCUGACAAAGGGAAGUCAGUUGCAUUACCAGAGGAGAGUAAAUCUGAUUUAAAUCUGCAUUUAUCUCGCUUACGAAGGCAGCUGAAAGGGGACGGCUUUGACUCCCUGGAGGGGAGGACCACCACAGUGGCAGGAUUUAUUGACUGGGGCCCUACAGGGGCUGACGAGGGGCUUGAGGAGGAGGCGAAAGUGACCCCGAAUCCCACCGCCACCUCUUUAGCCCCUUCCACCACCACAGUUACCGUCACUAGCACUACCACACGGAGCCCCCAAAGGACGUAUGCGGUAAUUACAACUGCACAUCCUAAGAGACACAGCACCACACAGCCAAGCAACUCCCGAGUGACUGCCAAACCACCGAAACCUUUUGGGGAGACACCAGGUCUGGCUGUUCACCAGAUCAUCACCAUCACUGUGUCCCUCAUCAUGAUCGUUGCAGCCUUGAUCACUACUCUAGUCCUUAAAAACUGUUGUGCGCAGUCCGGGAAUGGCCGACACAGCAGCCAUCAGAGGAAGAUCAACCAGCAAGAGGAGAGCUGUCAAAACUUGACCGACUUCACGCCCGCCCGUGUGCCCAGUAAGGUGGACAUCUUCACCGCCUACAACGACAGUUUACAGUGCUCGCACGAGUGUGUGCGGGCCGGCAUACCAGUGUACACGGACGAGAUGAUUCAGCACACACCCAUCUACAAGACCUCCUACAAUGGAAACAGACCGUCGCCCACUGAAAGGCAGCUAAUCCCUGUGGCCUUUGUGUCUGAGAAAUGGUUCGAGAUCUCCUGUUGAGGCCCUUUUACUACCUUUGGGUUGAGCCCAUGUCUUCAAUUUGUGCCCUGGAUCUCAUUGGAAAACCUGUUAAUCAAACACAAAAGACUAAAACAAAAAAAAGCAAAACAAAACCACAAGAACAACAACGACAAGCAAUUACAAAGUUGGGAAGCGAGACAAACAGGCAGUCCUGUCGGAUCUGUCGGAUCCCUCUUGAAGAAGACUGAAGAUGUUUAUUUUUCUAGACUGAUGCAGUGCUAUGGAUACCAUCCCAAAUUAUUUUCCAUAGACGUGAUCAUUUUAGAGAUGAUAUACCUAGAGCUGAUAUAUUAUAUACGUGUAUCACUGCACAUGUGGGGUGUGCUGGAGAGGAGAGGCUGCGGGGACGCUCUCUGACACGAUACGUCUGCUUGUGUGGAGAAAAGACUCUCCUGAACUUUGUGCCAAUAAUGCCAUUAUGUGCCACUACAUAUAUAGAUGGGACGUGUUCAGUUUCGUGGAAAAUUACAGACACAUCAAGUAAUUUCAGUGACUGUCUCCCAAUAUCAAUCUGUCGUCCGUUUUUGUAUAAAAAAAGUAUGAAUAUGUAUUUGAAAUAUGUUUUGAAAUAGCUGAGGAAAUGUGUUACAAAUGUCCAAGAAAUAUUUAUAUGGAGCACUAUUCAUUUAGAGGAAAAAAAAUUAACCCAGUGAGGAAUAGUAUACCCAGGUUUUAAUUUAACUACAUUGUUACUAGGCCCCGUUUUAAAGGAAUAGUCUCUAUUUUUAUACAAACGAUGUUAAAUAUGAGUCAGACAGACCCAAUUCAACUGGACUCUUGGGACUGUUAAUCUGCGAGAGGAGGUUCAAUGAAAAGUAUUUUUAAAGCUACCAAACAAUGUGGAAGCCGGAUUCAGUAUUCAUUUACAGCUUAUUUGAUUUACCAGAGCCAUUCAUCAGACUCUUGUUGAGUUUCCUUUUUUUUUGUAUCACUGAUGAGAAAUUAU